AUGUCGGAUUCAGAAGAGGACAGUCAAGAUAAGCAACUUAAAAUUGUAGUCAUCGGAGACGGCGCAUCGGGGAAGGUGAGGGAUGUUCAAGCUAACUGAGCUAGCUAACAUUGGCUAGCAAGCUAACAGAUAACGUUAGACUUGUUUUUUUGAGUAACGUUAAUUUAGUUGGCUAGCUAGCAACAUAACUAUGUGGCUAAUUGGGUAAAUUACUGUGUAGUGGAUAACUUUAGCUCAGAGUAUCUUACAUAAUUGUCCUUCAUAGCUGCGUGUGCUAGGCCAACGUUUUGGCUAUGCUUGUUAGCUGCUAAACUAGCUAGUUAACGUUAGCUAGCUAGCUCUUCAGCCAGGUAAAAGGGGAACCAUCACCUAGGGUUGUCAGACAGGCAGUGUUUUUGUUGUUGCAUAACUAUAGCCAAUGAUGAUGAUAAUUUAGUUGGUUAACCUUAGUUACCGUCUUCAUUUUGCACAACAGGGGCAGAGUAAUGUAAAUAGCUAGUUAGUUAGUUAGCUCUGGACCAGGGCGGAACGUUAACGUUAGCUAGCUAACGACAUGGAAACAAAGUCCAGUUACUGUCAAUGAUGAGCUACCAAGCUACUUUCCUCUGAAUUGUCUUAUUAACAGUCACAGUGUCAACAGAAUGGACAAUUAAGCCUGUGGUGCGCAACAUGUUGCCCGGCCACAGACAGUGACCAGGAAAACGGUUGAAGAACAUCAUCAAUCUUGAAAGAGACCGAAAAAGUCGCAGCCAAAUCUGCCACAUUUAGGGCUGAUGAGUUCAGCAGGCUAUUAUUUUGGGUUGAGCAGCUGAGUGCAUCAACAGGCCUAAAUUGAUUAGAAUAGCAUAACUAGGUUGGUUCAUAAAUACACUGCUCAAAACUCUUAUGGAAAGAGACACACAACACCAAAAAGUGUAAUGACAUUUGGCGAUUGUCAUUAGGCCAUAAUUUAUGCAUCCACUGCUGUCCGCGCGUGUCUUGAUGUCGGCCACUCAUCUCUGCCUUGGCAAAAUGUCUGUGUUUUCGUCGAAUCACAUCGCAUUUUGGAGCGUAGGCUAUACCACCCGGUGUCAAAUCCAUUCACUCAUUUUUGUAUGCCUCUGACAUGCGGUAAUUAUAAAAAGUGGUGUAAUAGCCUACAGUUUUCUGGACAUUUUACCGGUAUGGCGUACCCCCACUAUUUAUUUAGCCGGGACGCCGGACCGGACCAUACCGCCUUACUGUCACCCCUGAAUACAUCUCAAUAUAUAUGCUCCAACCUUCAAUUCAGAAUUGUUCAGAGGGAGAUUGCCAAGAUUAUCAAACUACUGUUACUGUGUAACAGAUCCAUAAACUGUUUCGAAGAUAGCAUAGUGGAUUUAAAUCUGGCAUGAAUCCUAUUUUGUAAACCUAUUAAUCGUACCUGACCCUUAAUCCAGGUUACGUGUGCUGUUGGAGGGACUUUCUGGAGAGCUUUGGACCGUAGUACUCUGGUUGUCUAAUGUUACUUUGUUAGCCAGUGAUUACAGGUAGGCCACAAAGGUGUGUGUGUGUGGACUACACAAUAAUUCCGUUGCUGUAUUGCCUAGUACAAGGUGGCCUAACAGCCUAGCCUACAUAUAAUGAUUAAAGCCUCUUCUCACAUAAUCAAUGUUGUAGGUCUAAGUUACAGGGAAAUAAUAUGGGCCUAGGCCUAUUUACUCAUGCAGGCAUAACAUUCAAUGUAGAUAAAAUUGUGCCUAGAAUCUAAAGCUUGAUUGUUCAGUAGGUGAAAAAGUGUAGCCUAUAUUUUCAAGCGAACCCUUCCUUGCUAUACUCAGGAGUGAAUGUUCUCAUUUGACUCCCUGCUGCACAAGCGGUGCUUUAACAUGACAGCUCUUGCAGUAAUUACCAAUUCCUUCAUAUGAACCAGCAAGGGACAAGUCUCAGUCUGCAGAAAUGGGAUUGACCUCGCUCCAGAUUACACACACCUUUUUAAGACUCAAAUGGCAUUUAUGUAUUUCUUAGGCUUAAUCUGGAAGCUUAUCAUUAUGUUCUUCUAUUACAUUUGGAAUUGAACUAACUGUGGUAUAAGCUUAGUGGGAGGAGGCAUGGAGAAUUCUGCAGUGAUUUAAAUGUUCAGGCGGCAUCUGAAUCGUUGUUAGGCUACUAGCUUGCUGUCAACACUGAGGCCAGUAAUAAAACCAGUCACCAUUCUGGACACAUUUUCUUUAAAACUAGAAACUCAUAAACCUCACCUAAAACUUGUAACAUUCUAUGCAUAGGCUUUAGACCCAGCCAAGACUGUUUUGUACCAUACAUAUUUAAUGAGUCUUUCAUUCAUUCUCUUCUUGGUAGAUAUAGGCCUACAUUUUCCAGACCUAGGCUCUGUAGCCUACUUUGCAGAAUAGCCUGAAUGCAAAUGUUCAGUUCAGAUUUAUUUUUUAGAAAGACAUGUAUUUCUGGGCAAAUAUUUUGAGACUGCUUGGUCUGUAUGGUCAUAAUGCAGGUAACCCAAAUGUACCAACAUUUCUCUUUGUCACAGCACAGACUGUUUGCAGCAAAGAGGUUGUCGUGACCAAUGCGGCAGCGGUUCUUCUUCGCUGUGUCUCUGAAUCCUCAAAUGAUUGAGUGUGAAUGUACUGCAGUGAUUUUAAGUGCUUUUUGGCUUCACUAACCUCUCUUGAAAGACAUUCCUCCCCCUCAAAGAGAAACAAAAUGAAUGGAGCAGUUCCUCUAUGUAGGCUCAACGAGAGAAAUUAAUGUUCCAAGUCUGAAAAAUCACUUUUUCUUCAGGCGGACAGACAACAUGCACAACUCGGUUCUCAGUAGAUACGCUACAUUAAUAACCCUCCUCACACUGCUGCCAGGUGUCAGUUCAUCACUGUCUCCAUGACUUACCCGCUUGUCUGUUUUGGGCAGAAAACAGGACCCCUACCCCCAAUCUUUGAAUAGGCACCCCCUAUUAAUGUCAAUCUGCUGAGCAAAUUGCAAAUGGUUCAGUUUUUCUUGGACGCCAUCUUGCGGGGUAUUUUCACUUGUGGUUGUCCAUUCAGAAAUAUGUGUGGGGGGGGGGGGGGGGGUGUAGAUGUGUGAAGGCUUGUCCACCAGCUGAGUUAGGAGCUGUCAAGAAUAUGGACACUCACAGUUUCAGCAGGCCUCACAUGGUAUUACAGAAGCUAAAUGACUUUUAACUCAACAUAUUUGUGGUGUUUGUGAUUGUAAUACCAUAGCCUACAUGUAGCUAGGCCCCACAAUCACCCGACCUCAACCCAAUUGAGAUGGUUUGGGAUGAGUUCGACCGCAGAGUGACAGAAAAGCAGCAAAAACAAAAAGCAGCCAACAAGUGAUCAGCAUAUGUGGGAACUCCUUCAAGACUAUUGGAAAAGCAUUCCAGGUGAAGCUGGUUGAGAGAAUGCCAAGAGUGUGCAAAGCUGUCAUCAAGGCAAAGGGUGGCUACUUUGAAGAAUCCCAAAUAUAACAUAUAUUUUGAUUUGUUCAACACUUUUUUUGGUUACUACAUGAUUCCAUGUGUGUUAUUUCAUAGUUUUGAUGUCUUCACUAUUAUUCUACAAUGUAGAAAAUAGUAAAAAUAAAGAAAAACCCUUGAAUGAGUAGGUGUGUCCAAACUUUUGACUGGUAUUGUAUGUUGAAAAAGCCAAAGCUAUCUAAUGAAAAUCUGUCCUAUUCAGCCACAUGAGAAACAGCUGUCAAGAUGACUCCCCUUCAGUGAUUCUAGUUGGGAUAGAUCUUACAAUACUACAGCAGAGUUGGAACCUAAUGACUGACUGAAAUUGGGCAUGGUUUGAUGGCACAAAGACUUGAACUAGCCUAUGCUUGACUGUUUUGACUUACAGUGCCUUAAAGUAUUCACACCCCUUAACCUUUUCCACAUUUUGUUAUGUUACAAAGUGGGAUUAAAAUUGAUUUAAUUGGUUAACGAUCUACACAAAUUACUCUGUCAAAUUGAUUAUUUUUUUUCAAUUGGUAAAAUAUGAUGAUAAUAAUAUUGAUUUAGAUAAGUAUUCAACCUCCUGAGUCAAUGCAUGUUAGAAUCACCUUUGGCAGCGAUUACAGCUGUGUCUUUCUGGGUAAGCCUCCAACAGCUUUCCACACCUGGAUUGUACAACAUUUGUCAAUUUAUUAUUUUCAAAAUUCCAAUUAAAAUUGGUUGUUGAUCAUUGCUAGACAACCAUUUUCAGGUCUUGCCUUAGAUUUUCAAACAGAUUUAAUUCAAAACUGUAACUCGGCCACUCAGGAACAUUCACUGUCUUCUUGGUAAACGACUCCAAAUCAAAUUAUAUUGGUCACAUACACGUGUUUAGCAGAUGUUAUUGCGGGUGUAGUGAAAUGCUUGUGCCUCUAGCUCCGACAGUGCAGUAAUAUCGAACAAGUAAUAUCUAACAAUUUCACAAAAUACCCAAUACACACAAAUCUAAGUAAGGAAUGAAUUAAGAAUCUAUACAUAUAUGGACGAGCGAUGUCAGAGUGGCAUGGUCUAAGAUACCGUAGAAUAGUAUAGAAUACAGUACAGUCAUGGUCAAAAGUUUUGAGAAUGACACAAAUAUUAAUUUUCACAAAGUCUGCUGCCUCAGUUUUUAUGAUGGCAAUUUGCAUAUACCCCAGAAUGUUGUGAAGAGUGAUAAGAUUAAUUGCAAAGUCCCUCUUUGCCAUGAAAAUGAACUUAAUCCCCAAAAAACAUUUCCACUGCAUUUCAGCCCUGCCACAAAAGGACCAGCUGACAUCAUGCCAGUGAUUAUUUCGUUAACACUGGUGAGAGUGUUGACGAGGACAAGGCUGGAGAUCACUCUGUCAUGCGGAUUGAGUUAGAAUAACAGACUGGAAGCUUUAAAAGGAGGGUGGUGCUUGAAAUCAUUGUUCUUCCUCUUAACCAUGGUUACCUGCAAGGAAACACAUGCCGUAAUCAUUGCUUUGCACAAAAAGGGCUUCACAGGCAAGGAUAUUGCUGCUAGUAAGAUUGCACCUAAACCAACCAUUUAUCGGAUCAUAAGAACUUCAAGGAGAGAGGUUCAAUUGUUGUGAAGAAGGCUUCAGGGCACCCAAGAAAGUCCAGCAAGCGCCAGGACCGUCUCCUAAAGUUGAUUCAGCUGCAGGAUCAGGGCACCACCAGUGCAGAGCUUGCUCAGGAAUGGCAGCAGGCAGGUGUGAGUGCGUCUGCACGCGCAGUGAGGCGAAGACUUUUGGAGGAUGGCCUGGUGUCAAGAAGGGCAGCGAGGAAGCCACUUCUCUCCAGGAAAAUCAUCAGGGACAGACUGAUAUUGUGCAAAAGGUACUGGGAUUGGACUGCUGAGGACUGGGGUAAAGUCAUUUUCUUUGAUGAAUCCCCUUUCAGAUUGUUUGGGGCAUCCGAAAAAAGCUUGUCCGGAGAAGACAAGGUGAGCGCUACCAUCAGUCCUGUGUCAUGCCAACAGUAAAGCAUCCUUAGACCAUUCAUGUGUGGGGUUGCUUCUCAGCCAAGGGAGUGGGCUCACUCACAAUUUUGCCUAAGAACACAGCCAUGAAUAAAGAAUGGUACCAACACAUCCUCAGAGAGCAACUUCUCCCAACCAUCCAAGAACAGUUUGGUGACGACCAAUGCCUUUUCCAGCAUGAUGGAGCACCUUGCCACGAGGCAAAAGUGAAACUAAGUGGCUCGGAGAACAAAACAUCGACAUUUUGGGUCCAUGGCCAGGAAAGUCCCCAGACCGUAAUGCCAUUUGAGAACUUGUGGUCAAUCCUCAAGAGGCGGGUGGACAAACAAAAACCCACAAAUUCUAACAACCUCCAAGCAUUGAUUAUGCAAGAAUGGGCUGCCAUCAGUCAGGAUGUGGCCCAGAAGUUAAUUGACAGCAUGCCAGGGCAGAUUGCAGAGGUCUUGAAAAAGAAGGGACAACAAUGCAAAUAUUGACUCUUUGCAUAAACUAAAUGUAAUUGUCAAUAAAAGCCUUUAACCCUUAUGGAAUGCUUGUAAUUAUACUUCAGUAUACCAUAGUAAUAUCUGACAAAAAUAUAAAAAAACACUGAAGCAGCAAACUUUGUGAAGACCAAUACUUGAGUCAUUCUCAACUUUUGACCACGACUGUAUACAGUGAGAGGGAAAAAAGUAUUUGAUCCCCUGCUUAUUUUGUACGUUUGCCCACUGACAAAGACAUGAUCAGUCUAAGUUUAAUGGUAGGUUUAUUUGAACAGUGAGAGACAGAAUAACAACAAAAAAAUCCAGAAAAACGCAUGUCAAAAAUGUUAUACAUUCAUUUGCAUUUUAAUGAGGGAAAUAAGUAUUUGACCCCUCUGCAAAACAUGACUUAGUACUUGGUGGCAAAACCCUUUUUGGCAAUCAGAGGUCAGACGUUUCUUGUAGUUGGCCACCAGGUUUGCACACAUCUCAGGAGGGAUUUUGUUCCACUCGUCUUUGCAGAUCUUCUCCAAGUCAUUAAGGUUUCGAGGCUGACGUUUGGCAACUUGAACCUUCAGCUCCCUCCACAGAUUUUCUAUGGGAUUAAGGUCUGGGGACUGGCUAGGCCACUCCAGGACCUUAAUGUGCUUCUUCUUGAGCUACUCCUUUGUUGCCUUGACCGUGUGUUUUGGGUCAUUGUCAUGCUGGAAUACCCAUCCACAACCCAUUUUCAAUGCCCUGGCUGAGGGAAGGAGGUUCUCACCCAAGAUUUGACGGUACAUGGCCCCGUCCAUCGUCCCUUUGAUGCGGUGAAGUUGUCCUGUCCCCUUAGCAGAAAAACAUCCCCAAAGCAUAAUGUUUCUUCCUCCAUGUUUGAUGGUGGGGAUGGUGUUCUUGGGGUCAUAGGCAGCAUUCCUCCUCCUCCAAACACGGCGAGUUGAGUUGAUGCCAAAGAGCUCCAUUUUGGUCUCAUCUGACCACAACACGUUCACCCAGUUCUCCUCUGAAUCAUUCAGAUGUUCAUUGACAAACUUCAGACGGGCAUGUAUAUGUGCUUUCUUGAGCAGGGGGACCUUGCGGGCGCUGCAGGAUUUCAGUCCUUCACGGCGUAGUGUGUUACCAAUUUGUUUUCUUGGUGACUAUGGUCCCAGCUGCCUUGAGAUCAUUGACAAGAUCCUCCCGUGUAGUUCUGGGCUGAUUCCUCACCGUUCUCAUGAUUAUUGCAACUCCACGAGGUGAGAUAUUGCAUGGAGCCCCAUGCCGAGGGAGAUUGACAGUCCUUGUGUGUUUCUUCCAUUUGCGAAUAAUCGCACCAACUGUUGUCACCUUCUCACCAAGCUGCUUGGUGAUGGUCUUGUUGCCCAUUCCAGCCUUGUGUAGGUCUACAAUCUUGUCCCUGACAUCCUUGGAGAGCUCUUUGGUCUUGGCCAUGGUGGAGAGUUUGGAAUCUGAUUGAUUGCUUCUGUGGACAGGUGUCUUUUUAUACAGGUAACAAGCUGAGAUUAGGAGCACACUCUUAAAGGGAGUGCUCCUAAUAUCAGCUUGUUACCUGUAUAAAAGACACCUGUGAGCCAGAACUCUUUCUGAUUGAGAGGGGGUCAAAUACUUAUUUCCCUCAUUAAAAUGCAAAUCAAUUUAUAACGUUUUUUGACAUGGAUUUUUUUUGUUGUUAUUCUGUCUCACUGUUCAAAUAAACCUACCAUUAAAAUUAUAGACUGAUCAUUUCUUUGUCAGUGGGCAAAUGUACAAAAUCAGCAGGGGAUCAAAUACUUUUUUCCCUCACUGUAAGUGACAUGGCGUUUUGGAGUUCUUGUGGCAGUUAGAGGCUGUAGUUCAGAUGCAUGACUCGUCUACCCAGACACCUGUUUUAUUUUUACAGUCAGGCCAGUUUUGCGAGACAACAGCUUUAGCUUAUCCCACACUAAUUACAAUGGCUAGGAUAAACAUCUUCCCAAUCAGUGUUAUCUUUUUUUAAAUUGAGAAAAGUCAUGGGCCCAGUUCAUUUGGAGUUAUGGAAUGGGCCUAGUUGUCAUACAGAACACCACUCCAACACUCAAGCUUGUUCAUAAGGCUUGAAUUCAAUUGGUUUAGUUGUUCGCUUAGCAUGAUCUUUCUCUCUCUCUGUUUCAGACGUCACUCGCCACCAGGUUUGCGCAGGAGGCCUUUGGGAAACAGUACAAACAAACCAUUGGCCUGGAUUUCUUUCUGAAGAGAAUAACUCUGCCAGGUAAGACACUUUCAUCCUUUAGGAUUGCUGGCCUGCUCUGUACCACACCACAGAUACAGGCAUACACUUGCACAUGCAUGCACACACACGGUAACACGUGCACAUACUGAACUUUACCUGUUAAAGGCACAUUGAUGUAAGAUGCUGCAGUGUCUGACUUUAAAUCUCUUGAAUACUGCUUAUGCAUAUCUAAAAGUAUUUAGAUAUCAUUAAAGUAGCCUUAAUUAGUUUGCCAAUUUUAGUUUGUGCACAAUUUUAAUUUUUUAUUUUCUACACAAAGGAAUUUGAAUUUCUCAAUUUCUUUGCAAAUGAUAAAAAACGAUGUUGUUCCUUCCCUAGCAUUUCAGGGUAGAACCAAACAAUUUUGUUCCUCAGGUUAUCUCAGGACUGAAUGUGUCUUUCUUGGUAGCACCACAUUGUGGAGAGUCUUCCUGUUCUCAGCCUUAUUCAUUCUGAAAUCUGUUCUCUCUAGAGCAAACACCAGGCUUUUUUCCGUCUAUGAAGCCAAUGGACAGCUUAUGUCCAGAGAGGCGAGCUUUACACAUUAUGUGGGCACUGUAGAGAGUAAAUACAUUUUAGCAUUUUAUAUUCCUAUCAUUGAUCCUGGGGUUCAACUGAUCUUUGUUCUGCACCACAUAAAACAUUCAUGUUCUUAUUUGUUUACUUUCAAACCCACAAAAUAAAGCCUUGGUCUGUAUCCCCUUGGAUGUGUAAAAUAAAUGUUUGACUAAUGCUAUAUUUAGACUAAAGCCCUCCGAUUUCACUUCCUACCAUAUGAAAUUGGGAUUUUCACCAUUUGAAAUUGCAUAUUUAAAACGGUGCCAAUGCAUAAAGCUGUAAAAGUCUGCAAAAUAGCUCCAUUCUUUUAUGACUAAUAAGGGUGGAUUAAGUACAAAAAUAAAUAUAUGAUAAGUUGAAAGUGUUACAUUCAGUCCUAUAUUCAGUUUCAGUUGGUAAUAGUAGGAGAAAGAAAACAUUAAACGUUUUAGUAGAGAUCAUUUGGCAGACCUUCGUGAAAGUUGGGAAACGCAAGGCUUCAAUGAGAAAUCCCACAAAUGACGCCAAUCUUAGGUAUUGUGAUUCUGGUAAAACUAGUUGAAAAGCAUUACUGAUAUGCAGCAUGGCAAGAUGGGGCCUAUUCCCUAAUCCAUCUGUAUCAAUAUCAUAGAUAUAAUAAUAGUAAACGUUGGUUCAACACCAGAGUUGUUAAAUGGAACAUUUUGUGGGGGAUUGGGUGUUGAUGACCUGAUGAAGAGAAGGGCUGGGUCUGCCGUUUGGUUGGUCCUUCUGAGCUUCGUUAGGAUCCCCGCCUUCGACUGGAUGUGUUGUGUGGGUUUCUGGGGCUCUAUGGGUUUCUCCAAAAUGAGGGGGGGGGGAGAGUAUAGCUUGCGCUGGCUCCUCUCACCAUGAAGGCUCGGCUUGUCAAACUUAAUGUACAUUUUCCAACGCCGGGAAAGGUGAUGCGAGGCCGAUUUGGCGCACACAACAGCCUCCUCUGUGUGUGCUUUUUAUAACAAUACCUCUUCCAGAUGUCUCGUCCGCUAAAUUGGUGGGGGGAGCGAUUGACCUGUGAUGGAUAUUAACUUCAUAAUUUUAGCUAGUCUUGUCAAUUUGAAUCUUACUGAAGAUCACGCAAAUUCUCAAUGUUCGCUUUUGAAGCAAAAUGUUACUGUUUUAAUUGUGAAUUUAUUGGGUUCCACUGAACAGUGCUAAUAGCUAGUGAAGAAUUCUAAGAACACAAACGGCCUCUAACCACCAAAUAAGCAGGAAGACUUUGGGUCUGUCGAGUCAGCUUGAGUCUUUGAAACACACACAAUGUUUAUGUCCGAGUGCAGAGGAUGGGUGGGGAUAGCUCACAUAGUGUAACACCAAGGGCAGUUAUUCAUUGCACUCUUCAAUGUAGCUUUACAAUGACACUGUAUAGUCUAGAUGUAGUCACUGUGAACACUUGUGCUUCCUUCCUCUGUGAAACCGGGACUUGUGUGGUGGGGGUCGGCUCGUCCAGCCGUGUCCACACUGUACGCUCGGCUCACCAUCAGCGCUCUAGGCCAAGGAAGGGCCCUCAUCACAACGACAAACUCCUCACUGUCUGGUCCUCCCCUCCUUCUUUUCUCAACCACCCCUUUCAUUUUCCAGAGGAAUAAAAUAUUUAUUUGGAUUUGGUUUUGUACCCAGUCUCUCGCUCUUUCCCUACCUCCCUCCUACAUAAAUUGGGACAGGAGUUUUCUUUUGCUUCUUAUUUUGUUUAAUUAUCAGUAUUUUUCUUAACACCACAUAUAUUUCUCCUCAGUCUCCUCGACUUGGCUGAGAACGGCACAAUGCCAACAGCUAUUCCAAGGCUAAUAAGUGCUAGUUUUUUUGGCCGGGGUAUUGAGAAUGUUUAAAUUACAGGGUAAGCAUACCUAUUUAUCCCCCUGAAUCUCUCCGCUGGAUAUUCUUGGAUGUGGAGCGUGUGUGACCUGCCAGAGGCGAGCAGUUAAAAAUGAAAGAUUAAUAUCUGAUUUAUUGUUUCCAAUAUCUACAUGUGUUUCCAUCGCAUUUAACUCUACCGAUAGUUUUGUCACAAAAACUGUUGCGUUAAAUAGCAAAUGUGCCUACUCUGGUCUUGGCACGUGCGCUCUAGCUAACAGAUACAGUGCGGGUAGGCUAGUCUACAUGAUGAGAUUAUUAUGGUUGAGUGAGAAUAUUUUUUUGUCAAGCAUUGAUCAUCAUGUCCCCAGAAUAAGACCCUCAAUAUUUAUUGGAAAGGAGCAUCAAACUCAUCACCGUGCACUUUCACCACCCUAUGAAGUUCAUAAACUUAUUUUAAUCUGUAGCAUAAUAAACUGCAUGGUUUCCCGAGUCAUAGUGGGAGGACCACACACCAUAUCAUCAUAUGACUCCAAAUUUACUUCGAUAUGAUGGUUAUUAUAUCAAUAUUUGCACAUAAAGGUGUUUCCAUCGCCAUUUAUCGCAUAAUUAAUUUGACCGACACAUAAAGAUCCUAUCAUGUCGAACGAACAAAUUUGUCGGCAUUUAUAAAAUUGCACCGACACUUCCUGUUUUCCAUCACAGCUGUUGUGAUAAUUUUUUAUACGGUAUAACUUAACUCGCGUAAAAACUGUGGAUGGAAACGUUAAUAAAGUCCUUUCAUAAUUUACUGAUUUUAAGUUUCAAAAUGUUCUCUUCCCUCAGGCAACUUGAAUGUUACUUUGCAAGUGUGGGAUAUUGGAGGUCAAACGAUCGGAGGGAAAAUGCUGGAUAAAUAUGUCUACGGGGCUCAGGUACUAUAACACACACACACACACACACACACACACACACACACACACACACACACACACACACACACGUUUGUUUUACUAUCCCUGCGGGGACCAAACAAUUGAUUCCCAUUCAAAAUCCUAUUUCCCUUAACCUAAUACUAACCUUAACCCCUAAACAUAACCCUAAACCUAACCCCUAAGCCACAAAUAGCCUUUUUCCUUGUGGGGACCGGCGAAAUAUCCCCACUUGUCUGGAAUUUCCUUGUUUAACUAUCCUUGUGAUGACUUCCGGUCCCCACAAGGAUAGUAAAACCAAAAGAACACACACACACUCAAUAAACGCUGAGGUGGUCCGUCGUUCUUCAUGUUAGAGCUCUGAACUUUUUAACUGUUAUCAUUUACAAUGUAAUAGGGUUUUCCUAUUUGGCUUGGGUAAUUAAUACGCCUUUAUGAUAAUAUUAGUGCAACAGGACCCUGCGCAGACUGCAGCCAAGUUUUACUUCUUAGCUGGUCAUACGGAUUACAUUUAUGUAUAGUAUGAAGGGGAGUGAGAAAUAUCUUUCUCUCUCCUCGCUCCCUUCCCCUGCUGUUUCUCACUCUAAUUUCAUUAUUUAUGAGCAAAAUAAGUUAGUGUUCGUGUUGACACUGCAAUAACAAGUGGGUGGGAGUAUUUUAUUUGUGCGUUUGCCGCACUCCACUAGACAACAUCCAUAAAUGGUUGUUGCUAUAUAGGCUACCAUUAUCUGUCACCCACAGCAACAGUCUACGCUCUCAAAGCUGCACUUACAUUUUACAUUUACAUUUUAGUCAUUUAGUAGACGCUCUUAUCCAGAGCGACGUACAGUUAGUGAGUGCAUACAUUUUUCAUACUGGCCCCCCGUGGGAAUCGAACCCACAACCCUGGCGUUGCAAGCGCCAUGCUCUACCAACUGAAACUACACGGGAGGCUCAGUUGUACUUGUUUGAAGAGGUAUAGAUAUAGCUAUAGGUCUGGUCUAGCUGAAGAGCAUGGGGCCUGUAUGGGAUGUAGAGAAUAAGACAGAGACAACACUUGGCUGUUAUGUGUAGGUCGGUCAUGUCUGUCUCUGUACUGUAAUACCUCCUCAGCCGCCCCACUCACUCACACAAAAACAAGGUGUCGUCCAUCAAUGCCACACUAGAAAACUUUGCUCCUCGGGUUUCUCACAAGCUCUUUAUGGGGCUUUCACGACCAUUGUUCUACGCGCCACGGGCGAUAAUCAAUCAUACACAUUGGGAGCACUGCACUGUAAUUGUAACUGACGCAAACUGUCGUCACCGGACUUCUGUGUUGUGACAUUGCGUGUCCUGGGCCAGACGCAUCCUGAAGAAAAAAAGAGCUGUAUUCUGUUUCAUGAUGAUGCAAUCAAAGUCGAGGUAGUCUAUUUAUUCUGACUCCUUUUCAUAUUCUAUAGUCUUUUGGAUUGGUAAAGAGCAGACUUAUGACACAAUUUUGGCACUUGAGGCUUUUGUACACUGAAGUGUUUCAAUUUGUUUACAUAAAAAAAUGGUACAGCAGCCAGCUUUAACGGCCUCUUUUUAUUCCGACGGACACCUUUUUGUGCUUUGCCAUACGACUGAUUCCGGUUUUACACCUGACAAUACCUUCAGAUAAGACAAAGGGAGAGCGGUGAGGCCUGUCUGUUAACUCCCUCACGUUUGAGCUUUUCUACGCAACUGCUUCCGCCUUUGUACUUAUGCUGACAAUACUUACACUAAGUAUUUCGACGAAGGGAGGGAGAUGAGACCUCACUUUUAUUUGUAAGCCCAGACACCUUUUGUGACACAGAGAUAACCCAACCUCACCCCUAUCCUGCCUUCCUAUGUGUGUUUGGCUGGGUGGACAAAUCUCUGUGGUCCCCCUCGCCUCGAUGCCCGCAGACAGACCGAUUAUAGCAUAGACUUAGUGGCUCAGCUGUAUGUUCUUAGCAUGUCUCUCUGCAUCUGUUAACAGCGAUAUAGAUCAUCAUUAAUCCCAGGCUAGCUCAGAGAGAGCAGAGGAGGUGCCAACUCCUUGGGGACUGUGUUUGUGUGUGUGGAGGAGCAAUUGACUUCUCUCAGACACUAGUGCCACCUACUGCUCACUUUCCCACAUUCGACCUAUCUGGCAUGAUUGUUCUCAUCUUAUGUCAAAUGUAAUUCAUUUUGUAAUGUUGUGAUUAAGCUACACCAUUUUAGACUUUCUGUGGUAUUGUUUUUCAGGGCGUUCUUCUAGUGUACGACAUUACAAACUACCAGAGCUUUGAGAAUCUGGAGGACUGGUACGGCAUGGUCAAGAAGGCCAAUGAAGAGUCAGACGUCCAGCCGGUGGUCUCACUGGUGGGAAACAAAAGUGAGUAUUUAAAACACAUCUCUCUGACACACACACACUAGUUAUAUUCCUUUCUUCUGCUCAUAGGCCACACACCUACGUACCAUAAGAGACUAAAGCAGACGAGUCAACCAUAAUGUAUAAACGCAGAGAGCUGUGAAGAGAAUGCGAUUUACAAUGCAGUAAAGAUAAAUCACUAGUUUCUCUGAUGGCUAAAUGUUUUAUUCACGCUUUUAUACACUGCAGUCUUUUAUACACUGCAUGUAUUUGCAGUACAGCACAACCAUAUUACUGUAUCCAGCUCUAUUUUGCUAGACACUGGAAAUUGAUUUGUCUAUUGGGGCUGUUGAUUAUUCACUUCCUGUUCUGUCUCGACUCCUCGUGUGUGUGUGUGUGUGUGUGUGUGUAAGAUAGCUAGGUGAGGAAAAAUGUACUUACUACGACUAGAGAACGACCAAUAAUCGGCAGAGCCAAUGUAUUGGGGCGAUAUUGUCAAUCGGCCCUUCUCUAUCGGCUUUACCGAUAGUCCCUUUACAUAGCAAAACUGCGGCUAUGUCAAACGCCACUCACCGCCUGAGCCACGAGCACUGCACAAUGCCGAAGAAUGUCUAGCUGGGAAAAUCAGCAGCAAGCUAGCUUAUUCUCCAACCGAAAGGUACAGUAUUGAGAAACGGAUGAAUUGACACAUUGACCAAAAUCAAACUCCUGUAACAACAAACAUUUGUUUAGUUAAUUCACUAAUAAUAAGGCUUGUGUCGACAUGUCAGGACAUGCAUGCAAUAAGCAAGCUAGCUAGCUAUGUGACAUGUUAGCAAAGAUUAUGAUAAUUAGCUAACUCUUUCAUCUGUGGUGUUAGCUAGGUAGCUAUAAUAGCUACUAUGCUAGCUACAGUGGGGAAAAAAAGUAUUUAGUCAGCCACCAAUUGUGCAAGUUCUCCCACUUAAAAAGAUGAGGCCUGUAAUUUUCAUCAUAGGUACACGUCAACUAUGACAGACAAAAUGAGAAUUUUUUUUCCAGAAAAUCACAUUGUAGGAUUUUUUAUGAAUUUAUUUGGUCAAUAACAAAAGUUUCUCAAUACUUUGUUAUAUACCCUUUGUUGGCAAUGACACAGGUCAAACGUUUUCUGUAAGUCUUCACAAGGUUUUCACACACUGUUGCUGGUAUUUUGGCCCAUUCCUCCAUGCAGAUCUCCUCUAGAGCAGUGACGUUUUGGGGCUGUCGCUGGGAACACGGACUUUCAACUCCCUCCAAAGAUUUUCUAUGGGGUUGAGAUCUGGAGACUGGCUAGGCCACUUCAGGACCUUGAAAUGCUUCUUACGAAGCCACUCCUUCGUUGCCCGGGCGGUGUGUUUGGGAUCAUUGUCAUGCUGAAAGACCCAGCCACGUUUCAUCUUCAAUGCCCUUGCUGAUGGAAGGAGGUUUUCACUCAAAAUCUCACGAUACAUGGCCCCAUUCAUUCUUUCCUUUACACGGAUCAGUCGUCCUGGUCCCUUUGCAGAAAAAUGGCCCCAAAGCAUGAUGUUUCCACCCCCAUGCUUCACAGUAGGUAUGGUGUUCUUUGGAGAUAACUCAGCAUUCUUUGUCCUCCAAACACGACGAGUUGAGUUUUUACCAAAAAGUUAUAUUUUGGUUUCAUCUGACCAUAUGACAUUCUCCCAAUCCUCUUCUGGAUCAUCCAAAUGCACUCUAGCAAACUUCAGACGGGCCUGGACAUGUACUGGCUUAAGCAGGGGGACACGUCUGGCACUGCAGGAUUUGAGUCCCUGGCGGCGUAGUGUGUUACUGAUGGUAGGCUUUGUUACUUUGGUCCCAGCUCUCUGCAGGUCAUUCACUAGGUCCCCCCGUGUGGUUCUGGGAUUUUUGCUCACCGUUCUUGUGAUCAUUUUGACCCCACGGGGUGAGAUCUUGCGUGGAUACCCAGAUCGAGGGAGAUUAUCAGUGGUCUUGUAUGUCUUCCAUUUCCUAAUAAUUGCUCCCACAGUUGAUUUCUUCAAACCAAGCUGCUUACCUAUUGCAGAUUCAGUCUUCCCAGCCUGGUGCAGGUCUCCAAUUUUGUUUCUGGUGUCCUUUGACAGCUCUUUGGUCUUGGCCAUAGUGGAGUUUGGAGUGUGACUGUUUGAGGUUGUGGACAGGUGUCUUUUUAUACUGAUAACAAGUUCAAACAGGUGCCAUUAAUACAGGUAACGAGUGGAGGACAGAGGAGCCUCUUAAAGAAGAAGUUACAGGUCUGUGAGAGCCUGAAAUCUUGCUUGUUUGUAGGUGACCAAAUACUUAUUUUCCACCAUAAUUAGCAAAUAAAUUCAUAAAAAAUCCUACAAUGUGAUUUUCUGGAAAUAUCUUUUUCUCAAUUUGUCUGUCAAAGUUGACGUGUACCUAUGAUGAAAACUACAGGCCUCUCAUCUUUUUAAGUGGGAGAACUUGCACAAUUGGUGGCUGACUAAAUACUUUUUUCCCCCACUGUAUAUUAGCUACUAUGCUAGCUAGCUGGCUAGGUAAACAUGGUGCUAAGGUAUCAGAUAGGAGUCAAUAGCCAAUGUAGUUAUCUAACAUUAGUUGGUUAUCAUUUUAAACCUGCAGCAUUUUCGGAAAUGAGCCAUCUGACUUGCGUUGUAACGUUAACAAUUUCCUGUUGUGCUAAUCUGACCAGCCGCAAUCGUAUCCGUAAAUUGACAGUUGAUAGUCGGAUUAGAUGAUUGUCGUAAUAGGGAAAAAAGGAAGUGUUUUAAAAUGCCUAAAUAAAAGUUGGCAAUAGGUUUAGCUACCUAAGAAUCUCGCUUCAUGUUUAUGAAUCACGAAAGCUCAGCGCACGUGUUUGCGUUCUCACUUAAACUAUGGGCAGAUUUGAGUCAUUCAGACAGAAUGUGCAUUGUCGUUUCAUCAUUUUUCCUACCCUCACUCUCCUUGUUAGCUAUUAUGCACAUUUAUGGCUUGGUAGCAAAUGUCAUCGCCAUUGAGCUAGUUCUCAUAGUGUGAGGAGAUGUGAAAGGGAGCAGAGUUAGAGCCUUGCUCUAUCCAAUCGUAGCAGUAGGAUCAACUUACAACCGGCCCAUUUCUUGACAGAUAGCUGAACUAGCCAAUUGAGUUGUUUAAAAUGUUGUCCUGGCAGCCGAGUUGUUUAGAUGCGUUCCUAUGACUAAAAAUACUAGUUUCAUAAGCAUCCGUGAUCACAAAUCAUGACCUUAUGUUGGACAAAUUUGCAUUGAAUAUAUGUUAUUUUAUAUUCUUAAACUAACAUCAGUGCCUAUAUGAUGUCCUUCCAUACAGGCGUGGCAUGCUGGAGUGAUUGUUCUAUGCAAAUGUUGAUCAGUAGGCUAAUAAAAGUCCAAAGUGGAAGACAAACAGAUUGUCAUCUGUAGCACCAUAGACUCCACUGAUCAGCCAAAACAAGCUCAAUAACUCAAUGCAUGCCCACACUCCUAUUGAAUAUGAUUUACCAUUCAAAUAAAAUGAUUAUCAUUAUUUUGUUAUGUAGUUAGAUUGGUAAAAACAAAGUGAUAUUUAUUGUUAGAUUUUUUAAAAUUGAUGCAUUAAUGCAUACAUGGCUGUCUCUGGGAAAGUUUGUCAUCAAAAUGUUCAAAUUUAAUGAUAUUGAAUAUCGGCCUUCUCUAACUACGACUGUGAUAUGUGGUUGUCUCACCUAGCUAUCUUACGAUGAAUGCACCAACUGGAUAAGAGCGUCUGCUAAAUGACUAAAAUGUAAAUGUGUGUUGCAACCGAUAAUACCAGAUAGGCCUUUGUGUGUUAGGGCUCAAGCUAAUUAUUGUGUUGCGAUUAAGCUAAUUGAUAGCGAGGAGCAGGGUCUCCUGGGGCGAUCGGAACGGUGAUGUUUGCUUGCUCUGGGAUGUGACUCUCUGUGAUUUAGCACUCUGGUCCGUUUGCUACCAGGGCUACCUCUUCUACUCUAACUCCAUCCCCCCUGUCCUCCAACAUCCCAGCCCGGACACCGCUUUGGAUGAGGAGAGAAUCUUAGAUGAUAACCAGACAACACCUCCCCCAGUCCGUCCCUCUCGAAAAAAAAAAUAGACUAAUAAUGAUUACUCUCCUUUUUUUAAACAUCCCCUCUGACCGAUGGGGAGACAUUGUUGCCGCCGUGUUAUUGUAAAGUACGCACACACACAGCCCCAUUGCGUGUGUAAUGAUGGCUAUCGACUGUCCCGCAUUGAACCCCCCCCCCACUCUUCCUCCGCCCCAAUGAUGAACGGCCCACAGAGUGGUGUCUACUCAGGAAGCCUCUCGCUAAUGUUACUCAACCCGGGCCUUUAGGUCAGGGCUUAAUACGCCAGGCUAGCAUGGGGAUUCUCUUGUCUUCGCAUUAGGGCACAUCUCUUAAUGCCCAGGCCUAACAGCAGGCGCCUCCGUAUUUAGGCUACAUUUUGUAUACUGCCGGUGAGUGUGUCUGUGUAAGUGCAUUUGUAUAGUGUGUGUCAAUGUGUGUACUGUAAUAUGUAUUUAAGCAGUGUAUACCCCACUGUCAGGGUCUCCCCCUCGCCCACUCAGUCAGUCUGCUCUUACUGGCCAUAGUGCUGAGAAUCGCCUGUGUGUGUUUUUUCUGCUCCUACAGUCCGCAAAGAAAAACAAAAUCCCACACAGAUUGCCCUACCAGGAGCAAUCAAUUACCUAGCGAGACUUUAUGAAUCCCUGAACCCUCUCACAGACUCUGGGCAUGAAGAGAGACUUAGUCUAGCGUUCUUGUGGGAAUUGCACACACAGACGUUUCUGUUUUUCUAUUCUUUUUUUUUCUUCUUUUUUUUACCGAGUGCCCGGCCAUCGGCCAGUUACAAUGAAUAGAACAAAAAAUAUACACCGUUCUUGGGGCGGGCGCGGCGCUGUUGAGAUUUUGUGUUGUAGGUUCCCAUGAAAUCCAAAUGAGUGGAGCAGCCACCAAUCCUCAGACCAUGUUUAUGACAACUGAAAUAGAACGACGAACCUAACCAGGAGUUUAUAGCAAGAUCAUCUGCACUAUACAAAUGUAUGUCCACGAGAGGGCAUGUCUUCUGGGAGAUCCCUUCUCUCACUUAACCACUGACAUGUUUUAGUGUUUCCCUUCAUCAUUCACUCUCACUUACCAUAUAUGCAGUACUAGUGCGUUAUCGACUCAAGUUGCUUUUGGAGGUCUACACUAUCCUGUACGAACAAUCUGACAGGGACAGUAUGACCCCCACCAUUUAUUCUUACCUAUGCAGUGCUUUUGAGACAGCCGCUAAUAAGAACCCUCCCCCUUUAUCUUUGCCAAACCUCAGUAUACUAAUUGAGCUUGUAAACUAAACUGAUGUUCUUUAUUUAGUAUGCUGUUGUUCCCUCCUCUCCUUACCCUGGCCUGACUGACCGCCCUCCUGUGCCAUUUGGCAAGUGGGGAACAGCCUCCCCAUUCUUCUGCUUAACACGGCCGUCUAGUGAUAAGUUUGCUUGUUAAGGCCGGCGUUGUGCACCCCUUGCCCUACACAUGCUGCCCAUACUCUUAUGUUAAAUAAUGGCACCACUUGUAACAAUUCAGGGAGGAAGCCAAUGAAAUAUUUGAUUGAGGACACACACAUACACACAAAAAUGCACGCACACAGAAACACACACCGUGCACACAGAAACACAAACACUGUGCGCACGCACACUCACACAGAGAAACGUAGAGGCACUCAAAAACAUAGACACUGAAACACUUGCAGAGGGUGGGCUUUGCUGGGAAAGCAUGGGUAAUGGAAGAAUGCUAAGCUCUUGGUCUGUCUAAACAUACUAUAACUGUUUAUUUCAGCACGGCCCAGUUUAACACCGUAUGGUACACAGGAUCCUUUCAGGAAAAUGUAGACUUCAUAUGCAUGCAGUCUCCUGCACUCACGAAGAUAGUGUUUUCCUAUAUUAUUCAAAAUUAUGUUUGAUUUUUUAAAUGAGUUUUACUGUCAUACAACUUAUGAAUUACUGAUUGAUAGUCUUAAGGGUGAUUGUUGGGCUAGUUUAAGACCUGUGGUUCGUGAAGCAAAAGGUGUCGUGCUGUGUGAGGACAUGAUGUAAAUGUUUUCACCUCUAGGUUUAAGAUGGCACCAUUUUAAAUAAAUGAUCUGGUACUUUUGUAUUCUUUUUAGCUAGUAGUUCUGAAAGUAGCGCACACGAGCAAAAGUUGGUCCCCGAAAAUUGCGUAUUUUGUCACGUGCACCACGUCAUUGCCCUCUCGCUCUGCUGUGUGUGCAUCUUGCUAGCUGUCACUAAAAUGGCGAGGGGCUGAACCUCAUUUGCUAGAACUCUAAUUGCUGGCCCAAAUGUUGGGAAAAUGGCGCAGCACAGCUUCCAGAAAAACGGUUGCUUCAAACUUGCUUCGGCUCAUAGAUUAUGCAUGUAAAAAUGCUGUUCAUUGACUACAGCUCAGCAUUCAACACCAUAGUCCCCUCCAAAAUCAUCACAAAGCUCAGGACCCUGGCACUGAACACCUCCCUCUGCAACUGGAUCCUGGACUUGCUAAUGGGCCGCCCCCAGGCGGCUAGGGUAAGCAACAACACAUCCGCCACGCUGACCAUGAACACAGGGGCUUCUCAACGGUGUGUGCGCAUUAUACUCCUGUACUCAUUUUUUACAUUUUUGUCAUUUAGCAGACGCUCUUAUCCAGAGCGACUUAGUUAGUGAGUGCAUACAUUUUUUUUAUAUACUGGAAUCGAACCCACAACCCUGGCGUUGCAAAUGCCAUGCUCUACCAACUGAGCUACAUCCCUGCCGGCCAUUCCCUCCCCUACCCUGGACGACGCUGGGCCAAUUGUGCGCCGCCCAAUGGGUCUCCCGGUCGCGGCCGGCUACGACAGAGCCCUAUUCACCCACGACUGCUUCGCCACGCACAACUCCAACACUGACAUUAAGUUUGCUGAUGACACGAAUAUGGUAGGACUGAUCACAGACAACGAUGAAGCAGCCUAUAGGAAGAAGUCAGAGACCUGGCAGUGUGGUGCCAGGACAACAACCUCUCCCUCAACGUCAGUAAGACAAAGUAGCUGAUCGUGGACUACAGAAAACGGAGGGGCGAGCAAGCCCCCAUCCACAUCGAUGGAGCUGCAGAGGAGUGGUUUGAGAGCUUCAAGUUACUCGUUGUCCCCAUUUACUAGUUGUGAAGAGGGCACGACAGCGCCUCUUACCCCUCAGGAGGCUGAAAAGAUUUAGCAUGGGCCCUCAAAUCCUCAAGUUCUACAGCUGCACCAUUGAGAGCAUCUGCAAGGCACCUGACCGCAAGGCGCUACAGAGGGUGGUGAGUAUGGUCUAGUACAUCACUGGGGCCGAGUUCCCUGCCAUCCAGGACCUCUAUACCAGGUGGUGUCAGAGGAAGGCCCAAACAAUUAUCAGACUCCAGCCACCCAAGCCAUAGAUUGUUCUCUCUGCUACCGCACGGAAAGCAAUACAAGUGCACCAAGUCUGGAACCAACAGGACCAUGAACAGCUUCUACCCCCCCCCCCCCCCCCCCCCCCCCAAGCCAUAAGACUGCUAAACAAGACUGCUAAAUAGCUAAUCAAAUGGCUACCCAGACUACCUGCAUUGACUCCUUUUUCUGCACUAACUAUCUUGCACUGACUCUAUGCAGACACACUGGACUCUACCCACACAUACUGACAUCCCAACACACAUACACACACUACAUACCUGCCUGGCUACCCAAACUCCUUGCUCCGGCCAAAUGCUACGCCACGCCCACAGACGUUAGUUUCUUCUCCACAUCCGAGUACCUUCCCGACGAUUUCUAGAAAGUAAACGCAUUCUAAUUGUUCUGAUUCGUCCAGAAACGAUGGUUUGGGCCCGAUCCAGAAAAUGUGUCGUUGUCUUUUAUAGAGAUGAUCCAAUCGCUGAUGACUUGCUUUUGUACAACACCCCUCAUUUUGACAUCACCACAAACGACUUCAACGAUGGCAGUCUAAGACCUGAAUCACUGUAUCUAGCGAACAUGGAGCAGUGGAAGAAUUCAGUUUGAGUCAUCAGGCAAACCAUAUACGCCCACACAUACAACACGUGCACACAUGCAUACUUGACGACUCACACGCACUUUCACAGCCACAUACGCUACUGCUACUGUCUAUUAUCUAUCCUGUUGCCUUAGUCACUUUACUAUAUGUACAUAAUAUAUGUACAUAGCUACCUCAAUUACCUCGUACCCCUACACAUCCACUCGGUACUGGCACUCCCUGCCUAGUUAUUUUUACUUGUUAUUCACUGUGUAUUCAUUCCUUGUGUCACUAUUUCAAUGUUGUUUUUGUAUCUUUUAUUUUUUACUCUGCAUUGUUGGAAAAGGACCCCUAAGUAAGCAUUUGACCGUUAGUCUAUCCCUGUUGUUUACGAAGCAUGUGACAAAUUAAAAUGUGAUUGAUUGAUCUGAACUACUAAUUCACACAUCCAGCCCAAAGGGAGAUUUAAAAAAUACUUAGUAGUCGCCAAAGUUCCAGAGCAUGUCUUUAAUUGUUAUGGGGAAAAAGAAAACUCUAGAACACCUUUACUCCACACACAGAGAUGCGUACAAAGCUCUCCCUCACCCUCCAUUUGGCAAAUCUGACCAUCAUUUAAUCCUCCUGAUUCCUGCUUACAAGCAAAAACUAAAGCAGGAAGUACCAGUGACUCGCUCAAUACAGAAGUGGUCGGAUGACGCAGAUGCUAAGCUACAGGACUGUUUUUCUAGCACAGACUGGAAUAUGUUCUGGGAUUCUUCAGAGGGCAUUGAGGAGUACACCACAUGAGUAACUGGCUUCAUCAAUUAGUGCAUCGACGACGUCGUCCCCAGAGUGACCGUACGUACAUACCCCAACCAGAAGCCAUGGAUUACAGGCAACAUCCGCACUGAGCUAAAGGGUAGUGCUGCAGCUUUCAAGGAGCGGGAAUUUAACUCUGACUCUUAUAAGAAAUCCCGCUAUGCCCUCUGACGAACCAUCAAACAGGCAAAGCGUCAAUACAGGACUGAGAUUGAAUCGUACUACACCGGCUCCGACGCUCGUCGGAUGUGGCAGGGCUUGCAAACUAUUACGGACUACAAAGGGAAGCACAGUGACAUGAGCCUACCAGACGAGCUAAAUUACUUCUAUGCUCGCUUCGAGGCAAGCAACACUGAAGCAUGCAUGAGAGCAUCAGAUGUUCUGGACGACUGUGUGAUCACGCUCUCCGUAGCCGAUGGUAGUAAGACCUUUUAAACAGGUCAAAAUUCACAAGGCCGCAGGGCCAGACGGAUUACCAGGACAUGUACUCAGAGCAUGCGCUGACCAACUGGCAAGUGUCUUCACUGACAUUUUCAACCUGUCCCUGACUGAGUCUGUAAUACGAACAUGUUUCAAGCAGACCACCAUAGUCCCUGUGCCCAAGAACACCAAUGCACCCUGCCUAAAUGACUACCGACCCUUAGCACUCACGUCUGUAGCCAUGAAGUGCUUUGAAAGGCUGGACAUGGCUCACAUCAACACCAUUAUCCCAGAAACCCUAGACCCACUCCAAUUUGCAUACCGCCCCAACAGAUCCACAGAUGCAAUCUCUAUAGCACUCCACACUGCCCUUUCCCACCUGGACAAAAGGAACACCUACGUGAGAAUGCUAUUAAUUGACUACAGCUCAGCUUUCAACACCAUAGUGCCCUCAAAGCUCAUCACUAAGCUAAGGACCCUGUGACUAAACACCUCCCUCUGCAACUGGGUCCUGGACUUACUGACGGGCCACCCCCAGGUGGUAAGCGUAGGUAACAACACAUCUGCCACUUUAUUUAUUUAUUUAUUUAUUUAUUUUUAUUUCACCUUUAUUUAACCAGGUAAGCCAGUUGAGAACAAGUUCUCAUUUACAACUGCGACCUGGCACACUGACCCACAACACGGGGGCCCCUCAGGGGUGCGUGCUCAGUCCCCUCCUGUACUCCCUGUUCACCCAUGACUGCAUGGCCAAGCACGACUCCAGCACCCUCGUUAAGUUUGCCGUCGACACAACAGUGGUAGGCCUGAUCACUGACAACGAUGAGACAGCCUAUAGGGAGGAGGUCAGAGACAUGGCUGUGUGGUGCCAGGAUAACAACCUCUCCCUCAACGUGAUCAAGACAAAGGAGAUGAUUGUGGACUACAGGAGACUGAAAAGAUUUGGCAUGGAUCCUCAAAAAGUUGUACAGCUUCACCAUCAAGAGCAUCCUGACUGGUUGCAUCACCGCCUGGUAUGGCAACUGCUCGGCCUCUGACCGCAAGGCACUACAGAGGGUAGUGCGUACGGCCCAGUACAUCACUGAGGUCAAGCUUCCUGCCAUCCAGGACCUCUUUACCAGGCGGUGUCAGAGGAAGGCCCUAAAAAUUGUCAAAUGGCAUUCUUCCGCCGCCAUCACCUCAUGUUUCAGCAUGAUAAUGCAUGUCGCAAGGAUUUGUACACAAUUCCUGGAAGCUGAAAAUGUCCCAGUUCUUCCAUGGCCUGCAUAUUCACCAGAACUGUCACACAUUGAGCAUUUUUGGGAAGCUCUGGAUCGACGUGUGUUCCAGUUCCCACCAAUAUCCAGCAAUUUUGCACAGCCAUUGCAGAGGAGUUUGACAGCAUGCCACAAUCAACAGCUUGAUUAGCUCUAUGCGAAGGAGAUGAUGCGCUGCAUGAGGCAAAUGGUGAUCACACCAGAUACUGACUGGUUUUCUGAUCCACUCCCUUACUUUUUUUUAAAGGUACGGUAUCUGUGACCUACAGAUGCAUAUCUGUAUUCCCAGUCGUGAAAUCCAUAGAUUAGGGCUAAUGAAUUUAUUCCUUAUAUGAACUGUAACUCAGUAUAAUCUUUGAAAUUGUUGCAGGUUGCGUUUUUAUUUUUGUUAAGUAUAUUUCUGUCCUUACCUUGAAUGCAGUCUGAACAAGGAGUGACUGCAAUCCACACUGGUUUUGUUAAACUAGCUACAGCAAACAAUUAGCAACAUUAGCAUUUUUGGGAUCAAUUCCCUAUCUAAAGCAAUUGCCCACGUUUAGCAUGUUUUAAAUGUAAUGUCCAAAAUAAAUCAUCUAAAAAUAUUUUAAACCAAUUAAGUGAGUUACCCAAUCCAUUUAAGAGGUAAUUAUGGCAUGACAUUUGAUACAUGCUAAACGUGACAGAUUGAUUUACAUGAGGAAUCAAAAUGCUAAUGUUACUAAUUGUUUGCAGUGGCCAGUUUAACAAAACCAAAGUGUGGAUUGCAGUCACUCCUUGUCCAUAGAAAGGUUUCAAGGUAAGGAAACAAACCAUCUGAAAACAGUGCAUUCGGAAAGUAUUCAGACCCCUUCCCUUUUUCCACAUUUUGUUACAUUACAGCCUUAUUCUAAAAUGGAUAUAAACAAAUAAUCCUCCUCAAUCUACACACAAUACCCCAUAAUGACAAAGCGAAAAGAGGUUUUGAGAAGUUUUUGCAAAUGUAUGAAAUAUAAAAAACAGAUACCUUAUUUACAUAAGUAUUCCGACCAUUUAAUAAUAAUAAUAUAAUAUGCCAUUUAGCAGACACUUUUAUCCAAAGCGACUUACAGUCAUGUGUGCAUACAUUUUUACGUAUGGGUGGUCCCGGGGAUCGAACCCACUACCCUGGCGUUACAAGCGCCAUGAUCUACCAAUUGAGCUACUGAACUCAUUUGCUAUGAGAUUCGAAAUUGAGCUCCGACGCGUCCUGUUUCCAUUGAUCAUCCUUCAGAUGUUUCUACAACUUGAUUGGAGUCCACCUGUGGAAAAUUCAAUUGAUUGGACAUGAUUUGGAAAGGCACACACCUGUCUAUAUAAGGUCCCACAGUUGACAGUGCAUGUCAGAGCAAAAACCAAGCCUUGAGGUCGAAGGAAUUGUCCGUAGAGCUCCAUGACAGGAUUGUGUCGAGGCACAGAUCUGGGGAAGGUUACAAAACAUUUCUGCAGCAUUGAAGGUCCCAAAGAACACAGUGGCCUCCAUCAUUCUUAAAUGGAAGAAGUUUGGAACCACCAAGACUCUUCCUAGAGCUGGCCGAUCGGGAGAGAAGUGCCUUGGUCAGGGAGGUGACCAAGAACCCGAUGGUCACUCUGACAGAGCUCCAGAGUUCCACUGUGGAGACAGGAGAAACUUCCAGAAGGACAACCAUCUCUGCAGCACUCCACCAAUCAGGCCUUUAUGGUAGAGUGGCCAGACGGAAGUCACUCCUCAGUAAAAGACACAUGACAGCCCACCUGGAGUUUGCCAAAAGGCACCUAAAGACACUCUGAUCAUGAGAAACAAGAUUCUCUGGUCUGAAGAAACCAACAUUUGAACGUCUGGAGGAAACCUGGCACCAUCCCUACAGUGAAGCAUGGUGUUGGCAGCAUCGUGCUAUGGGGAUGUUUUUCAGCGGCAGGGACUGGGAGACUAGUCAGGAUCGAGGCAAAUAUGAACGGAGCAAAGUACAGAGAUCCUUGAUGAAUACCUGCUCCAGAGCGCUCAGGACCUCAGACUGGGACGAAGGUUCACCUUCCAAAAGGACAAUGACCCUAAGCACACUGCCAAGACAACGCAGGAGUGGCUUCGGGACAUGUCUCUGAAUGUCCUUGAGUGGCACAGCCAGAGCCCGGACUUGAACCCGAUCAAACAUCCUCUGGAGAGACCUGAAAAUAGCUGUGCAGCGACGCUCCCCAUCUAUCCUGACAGAGCUUGAGAGGAUCAGAGCAGAGAAGAAUGGGAGAAACUGCCCAAAUACAGGUGUGCGAAGCUUGUAGACUCGAGGCUGUAAUUGCUGCCAAAGGUGCUUCAACAAGGUACUGAGUAAAGGGUCUGAAUACUUAUAUGUGUGAAAUUUGUUUAUUUUAACUGUUUUUGCUUUGUCAUUAUGGAGUAUUGUGUGUAGAUUGAUGGGGGGGGAAAAUAAUUUAAUCAAUUUUAGAAUAAGGCUUGAACGUAACAUUUUGAAAAAGUCAAGGGGUCUGAAUACUUUCCGAAUGCACUGUAUGUAAAAUCGCAGAACUAGCCCUUUUAAAACCUUGAAAUACUGUGUUUUGGGUCAUUACCUGAAUAAUUUAUUUAACGUAUUUAACAAGUGACAUGUUUAUGCCAACAUUGGAAUUGUGCAUCCGAUUUUCAUUCUGCAGUUUAUGAAGCCAAUUUGUUUUUAUUAAGAAGGGAUCACUGGACCCCUCUACCCUCUCCACCCAUCCAUUCCCCUUUCUUUUCUAGCUCGCUAUCCAUUAGGAACUCUGGGGGCAUUCAUUAUGGGCUCCCAUAGCCCUUAUUUGGGUGACUUAAAUGGGUUCACUCUUAACCCCUCCUCAUCACUCAUGCCUUUUAGCAUGGAUGUUCUGAAGCUUUUCACCUCGGGAGAUCCACACUGGCUCUCCAUUGGAAAUGUUCCCCUCCUCUGGCUGGGAGAUAAGACUCCUGCACGAAGAGACUGUCCCAUCUUUUUUUCUCACACUUCCUUUCACUCACACACUCAGUCCUCUACUUACACACUGUCUCGCAAGUGUGAACUAACAUGUUCACUUUCCUUGCCUUUUACAUUGGCUCUGUGUCACUUAUGUAAAACAACAUGCGUGUGUUUACCUUCUGCACGGUACGGCAAACCUUUCCACGUACCGUUACCCAUGGUACUCUUCUUCACUGCCAGCCAUUCGGCCAUGUGAAUACUCAAAUGCCUCUCUCUCAAAACUCUGUUCUCGUAUUGACUUUAUUUUUGCACUGUCUAUAUGCUCACUCACAGGGCCCUACACUCUCUCUCUCUCUCUCACUCACACACCCACUCACAUACAAGCUGCUUCUAUUCUGUUUCUUAUAUCCUUUUGCGUAGUCACCUUACCCCUAUACAUAUCUACCUCCAUCACUCCAGUUUCGCUGCACAUUGUAAAUAUGGUAUUGGAACUGACCCUGUAUAUAGUAUGCUUGCUUACUUAUUGUGUUCUUCAUAUUUCUUAUUUCUCAUGUUUUUUUUCUUCUAGUGUUACAUUGUUAUUGUAUUGUUGGGUUUUGAGUUAGCAAGACAGACGUUUCACUGUACUUGUGCAUUAAAACGUCAAACUUGAAACUGAAACAUGUCUCUCCACCACCGACAUUGUCCGGACGGAGUUGUUUUCCCUUUUGGCAAGGCCCAGGUUGGAGUUUGAAGGCCUCCCUCACCUCCCCCCUCCUCAUCUCCACUCCACUAACUCCCCUCAACCCCCUGCCCCAGUAAAUCUGCCACAGUUCCUGUCUGUUCAGUGUAGGCCUGCACAUUUCUUAAUAGAGAUGCUCAGAAGUCAAGGAGCCCGGAGGAGCUCAAUGCGCUUCUGUUUUUGGUUUAGUUCAGAAAUGUUUUUCCUGGCUGGGCCCACCAGUACUUAGGUCCUCCUACAACAAACGAAAAGGUCCUAACGGUCCCCCAGGGGACGGUUUAGCCACAAUGGACAUGUGGUGGAACAAAAGCCCAGUCCUUCACCCCCCCCCCUCCCCCCUCCACUCACGAGAUAUAGGUGAUGCACAUGUCAGCAAUGUGUGUAGCGCUGUGGGGAGGGUGAUCGCAGGUUCGACGCUGUAAAACAUUUUAUAUAUACAGUAUAUAGAUCCCGGUAAGGUAUGGUGCACGGUCAGGUAAAGAUGUGAAAUGUUUACAGUAUACAUCCAGCCUUUCCUUUCCUUUCUUUUUUUUCUUAAAGGUAAAGGAAUCGAAUAG